UCCUUUCUGCCAAAACAUCCCUCAUGAGUACGAAGGUGAAGCGGCCGCCUCAGCAUCCAGCAGCCGCUGCUGGCAGGGCUGCUCAGCUCCCAGCAGGUGCACAGAGGGCCGUGCCAUCACCCCGAGCGUCCCGCAGAGCCAGCACAGGAGGUGCGAGCAGCCCGGGGGCAGCGCAGCAUCGGGGGGCUCAACGUCACAGGGACAGCAGCCGGCAGCUCAGCCACGCACUCCGCAGAUUGCUUUUCCCGGAGCAGCUUCCUCUCCCUGAGCGCAUUCCCAAGGACAGCCCCAGGCUCUCAGCGCCGCGCUCCGGCCCCGCUGCACGCACGGAGCUCCCGGCGCGGCUCCGCUCCCAGCCCGGACCCCCACACGUCCCCUGCAUGGGGCUGCUGCUGGGGACGGAGGGCUGGGAGCGGUGUGUGACCUUCCCACCGCUUGCAGGGACGCAGCCUGCCGGUGCGGGCUUUGCUCCUGCCGCUGCCCGGCUCUGUCUGGAAGUGCUGUUUAAUUUUUUUAAGAACUACUUUUUGUUUCCUAGAUCUCUUGCAAACAAGCCGAGCUGCCGUCCCAUUUGCAAAGGGAGAGCAGAGGCACACCCUGCAUGCAGACAGUGGGAUAAAUGGCACGUGCAAAGGAGACAAAUUCCCAAAGUUCAAGUCCUCGCUCCUACACUUCGGCCCUGGGUGGCAGCACCCAGCCUGGCUGGCUGUCACCCUAAAACACAGCAAUCUGCCCCCAGAGGAGCUCCCAGCAUUGCUGUGCACUGCGGGGCUCACCGAGGAUGUGCUGAUGCAGCCAGAGGGCAGCAAUGCUGCGAAUGCAUGGGCUGCAGCGUGCAGCUCCUCCAGCACACAGCCCAGGCACGCCUGCAUCUACGUGUGAUGUUUGUGGGUCCCCUCCGAUGUGGGGGAUUCUGUGGUUCUGUGAUUCUGUGGUUCCAUGUUUAUGUGAUUCUGUGAUUCUACA